UGAUUUAGAGGCGUGUCUAAACGAAAAAGAACGCGGAAACGGUUGUUUGCCAAAUUGGAGGCUGAAAACGCUGAACAUAGAAACGUGGGUCUAAAGAAGCAAAACGGAAGUUUAGAAUGGCUACUGAGGGAGACCCAGCAGGCAUGGUGAAGGUGCUUCACCUGUUGCUCAUGGCAUUCUCAUGGGGCAUGCAGUUGUGGGUGUCGUUCAUUGCAGGGUAUGUUUUGUUGUCCAAGGUCACUCGGCACACGUUUGGCUUAGUUCAGAGCAAACUCUUCCCCAUGUAUUUCUACUGCCUGCUGGGCAGUAACACAGUCAGCCUGGCCAUAUACGCUGUGUACCAUCCCAGAGAGCUGUUGAAUUGGCAUGAGACUAUACAGAUGGCUCUGUUCUUCGUGGCCGUGAUCGUGGCAGGGCUGAACGCGCAGUGGUUCACUCCAGCUGUCAUUGAACACUUGCUGGUGAUGAUGGAGAUUGAGCAGGAGCAUGGCCUUGGUGGAGAGAUUGGCUUUUCCACCAAUAGGGAGCGCUACAUCAAACUCCGUGAGCAGGAUCCAAAAUACAAGGCCCACAGGAACAGCUUUAACCGCUUCCACGGCAUAUCCACCCUGAGCAACCUCAUUGGCUUCGCCUGCACCACCAUCAAUCUCAUCUACCUGGCACUUCAUUUGGCUUCGAUAUAAUAUUAUUGGCCUACUACUUACAAAAGAUUUGACCCGUAGAAGUAUUGUUACACCUAUGUUCGUUCUUGAGGGCCAGAACACAACAAAAUUAUGUCACAUCUCAUUCAGUUUUGAACAGGCUUUGGUAUAAGUUACAAAAAUAUGAACACUGCCAAAAAUUAUAUCUUCGCAAGUAAAUAUGAAUAUUUCUCUUUUUUAUGAAUAGUUUUGUUUUUAAAUAAAUAUAAGAUUAAGCCUAUUUCUAGACAUAGUUCUGAAUUUCAAGCUUCAAAAUGUCAUUCCUAGAAACAGUAUAGACAGGUUUAAUGGUUUUGUAUUUGGUACAUAAUAAUCUCAUAAUGUGAAAUAUUAGAUAACUUAUUUUGUUCAGAAUAGUUUCACUUACUGCGAUAUAAUUUUUUUUGUAGUGAAACUGAGCAGCAGUGAUCCUCCAGACCCUGAGGGUUUUUUUUUUUUCUGUUCAGGUAUUCUUGCCUCGACUAUUAUAGCCUAUAUAAUGUAUAUCGUACUAUACAUUAAAACUGCACAAAUAAUUGUAAAAUAAUAACAAGUAGAAGAUGAUGGGCAAAUCAAAAUGGCUAAAUCAUAAACAAUUAAACACAGUAAUCAUAAUACUACACAAAUUUGGCUUUUACAAAGUUUUGUUUUACUUUUAUUACAUUUAUUGUUAUUUUAUUAUGGUUUUCAAUAUAGCAUAGCUAAGGGCUGCAGGUUUGUAUUAUACAGCUACAGCAUUUGAAACUUGUAGAUAUUGACUCAAGUGCCACCAAUAUUAAAGUUAGCCUAAUUGAUGAUUAGUUAUCAUUAAUGUGAAAGCAUAUAUUAAUUUAAAAACAGAAGCUGAUUCCAUUCAUUUUGCAGUUUCAUGUCACUGUAUAUUGAAUAAAAUUUUAUGAGAAGACUCUUGACUAAACCAUACAUUUCAAUAUACAUUUUAUUAACAGUUUUUACUAUUAUAAAAUUGACAAUACAUCACAUUUGUAUUGUAAGUACAUAUUAAGUUUUAUUUUUAUGAAUACACAGUAAAUACGCUUUUUCACUUUUCAAAUUGUUGAUUUUUAAGUAUAAUUAAAAUGGCAUUGUUUGCUUGUG